AUCGCCCUAAUGCAUGAUUUCUGGUCAUCCUUCUUAUUUUAACAAUAUUUUAACCCUCCACUCCCUCUUUAAUCCUAUCAUAAUUCAAUCCUUCAUCUAUGAUUCAAUAAACGGGGCACCCGCUAUGAGUGCUGUCCCCUAAAAAAAAUCGCCCUGUAGAAAGACAGCCACGUACAAUAUUUAAUGACCCUUUAUCCAUAACAGUUCACACAGUUAUUAAAUAUAUAUCAUCUACUGAAAUGUCUGCCAACUUUAAAAGUAUCUCCAUCUCUAUUACUGCUGAUUUUGUUUGCCCUACUGUUCCAGAUUAUGAGGAAAGUGGUCAGACCAUCAUUACUACGUCUGAUAAGUUCGAGGAAUGGUUCAAAAAGGACGCGUUAUCGCAUGCUAAGUGGGUCUUUAAACAACAGUAUCCCGUUGCAAGCAAUCUCCAGUUCAUCGAGGAGCUCAUUCUUGAAGCUUUGCCAGCUCACACCACCUUCUAUUUGUGUGAUCAUGCUGGUGUUGGUAAGAAGAAAGCUACAUUUGGCGCCUAACCGAGAAGCCAAAUACAGAAGCUAUAUCCAGAAAAAAGCAGAAGAAAGUUCAAAGAAUGAUUCACAACAAUCAAUAGACGAUAAUAGCAGGACAUCUACUUUUGCCGAUCUGCCUAGGAAUGUAAGAAGGAAUAUUGUACGAGGCGAAGAAUACAAGAAAAAAAAGUACGAAGCAAAAAUAAAAAGAAAGCCUGAAGAAGCACACAAAUGGAAAGCUAAAGUCGAUACGUACCAAAAAAGGAUUGAUGGAUACAAAAUGGCUGUUUUGGCUAGGAAAGUCGAAAGGAGCAAUAUAGCAAGAGUUGAGAGCACUGUUGCAGGAGAAAGUCAACUCACCAGUAAAAAUAAUGACGAGGAUGACGUGGAAGAAGAAGAGCUGAUCACAGGCAACACCACAGAUUUAACAAGAAGGAGAUUACGCUGUUUAAAAUCUGCUCUGAAAAGCCUACUUCUCAAUGACAGAAAAGAUGCAUUCAGUAUCGACGACCUGAAAAAGGAAUGUUCUGACGUCAAAGAAAAAGAAGCAUACCCUUGCCUGCUGAUUUUGAAUGCUUUGAAGUCGUAUAUUCCAAAGAAGAAGGAACGGCUCAUUAUAGCUCAUCAAUUACCACUUUGCAUCCUAGCGAAUGAUACUCUUUUGUAUGCUGGCUACAGAAAGCUUUGUCCGCAGCCAUCUGUUUCUACACUACAUGUCUUAAGAAUAGACGAGCCAUCAUUGUAUCAAAUAUUGACCAGACUGCCUUGUGCAUUGGCAAUAUUCAGCUAUGAUAACUAUCUCAUAGAAUCAGUUGAAGAAGCUCGCCAAAACAAAGAUGCUGUUUUUAGCUCAUUUUUUGAUAUGAAUGAUAUAGCAACGGUGUGAAAGCCCAACGGUCUAGAGUUUGCUCAAAAUAUAACACUGUUGCCUGGAAUAAAGACCGCUUGCUUGCUUGGAACAAAGGAUGCUGUGGGUGAUUCAAACAAUAAGAAAGGUCCCGCCUCAUAUGAAUUGACAGAUCAUUCAAUUGUGAAAGAGGAAUCUAAAAAGCCGAAAGAAACUCUUGUACAAGAAAUCCAAGGCUUGCAAUCUGAAGUCGUUCAGAUAGAAAAAUUGCUUAAAGAUGCAUUGAAGAACAACAAUAACAGAGACUUCUCCAAGGACAUCAAAGACUUGAAGGCCAAAUGGAGAAAUAGCAGCCUUGAAGAAAAGGUGACUUAUACAACGCUAUCGAACAAG